AUGUCCGACAAUAGGGAAAUCUUGCACCACGAUGAAGUUCCUGAGGUGAGGCAUGAAAAUGAGGUAAGGGUUUCCUUGGAACUUUCAUGUGAAAAAAAGGAUUCACUCAGAGGAAAGUGCUCGGAAUCGACUUGGGUACAACGAUAACCUGUAUGGCUUUCUACGAUGUGGAAACUGAUAGAUAUACUGACCUCGUUGGCGAUGGGAAUAAUCGUUGUUAUCGAUGGAGCGCGAUUGUUUUACAAAGCCGUGAUUUUCAGAGGAAGACCUGGUUUGUUCUACAGUGACUUUUGAAAAAGAGCGUGUCAACAACGAAGGCGGCGUAGCUCUGAGGGGAGACAUCGGGAGGGAUCCGCCUGGAGAUCCGGUUCGCACUGUUUCAUGUAAGAAAAAGAAACAUGAAUAGAAAGGAUGGAAGCGUUGCGGUCGCGGAGCGGCUGUAGGAAUUUCGCGUCUGCUUGCCAACUUUACACCUUUUACACUUAGUCUAAGUUUUGCUUCGACUUGAAUAUAAUGGCUGGAAGAAUGGCGCGUUAGAUAAGUUUUGUUCUGACUGCUGCGUUCACUGUAGUUCUGAUGAGUCUCAAAGCGAAAGCAAUAAAAAGGCUGUGGUUACGGUAGCUUUUUUGUUUUCUGUAUUUAAAAACCAGAAAACGCGCGUUAGAUAAAUUUCGCUCUGUCUGCUACGUUUACUGUAGUUUUGAUGAGUCUUGAAGCGAAAGUACUAAAAAAGGCUGUGGUUACGGUACCUUCGUAUUCUGUGUUCAAAAACCGGAAAAAUGCCCAGCGCGAGAUACAAAAGACGCUUCAGGACACCCUCAGCAUUAGGGGAGAGUAGCCUAAAGUCGGGUGCAUUUUAAAACCAACAGUUUGAGCCGCUCUAUGCGCUUCAAAGGCCUUAUAAGAUUUUAAACUUCUUUCAGUGGUCAAACGAGUUAUCGGGAAGAACCACGAGUCCUUUAAACGAUCGGGCGAAGAAAGGUACAUAAAUUAUAAUGUAAGUUUCAAAAUUUCGGGAUUUCUAACUAUCAAAAUUCAUUUUGCAGGUCGAAGAAAGCGAAAACACCGGGAUUAUUGGAAUCGAAGCUGAUGAAGAGGUUUAGAAAAGGAAAUUUCAUCGAAAAAUGAAGGAAUUAUUUGAGAUGGAUGUGGACGAAGAACUAAAAAAAACCAAGGAAAAGGCGAAAAAAUCGCUGAAAAUCCGAGUUGAAGUCGAUGGAAUCGUCGAGUUUUACGCGCCGGAGGAGAUUUCUUCGAUGGUUUUGAGGAGAAUGCGGCAAAACGCGGAGAGGAAAUUGGAAACGGACAAAUUGGUAAAGAUUUGCCUUCGAGUAAAAUAUAGUCCAUUCACGGCUACCUUGGGGCGGCGUGGCUUGUCUGCGCUCUCCAUCAACCAGGCACUGUCUCUUUCCUAAUCGUGCCAGGACCCUUUUUUCAAUUGAUCAAGCCAGCUGUGAAUCAGUAAUAGCAUUAAAGGCAUAGGGGCAGUAAAAAACGGGGUUUUAGGAGAAAGCAGUAUUUUGUAAAGUUUUUCUUUGCGAAUCCAACGGUGUAAAAAAAAAUUACAGAUCAGUUGUGACUAAUUUUGAAGAAAAACGAGAUUUCACUUUCCCGCCUUUAAUUUUGAAAAAUGCUUUAGAUCGGUGUCAAAAAACACACACCGAUAAUGAAGGAAACACAAAAUAUCGCUAUCCCAAUCGAAACCUGUGUGAAAUCAUCAUUUUUCACCAGAGAAGCAUUUUUGCGAUCAAAGUUUGCAAAUUAUACAUGAAUAGAAAGCUUUUGUGACGAAAAGAACUUUGGUGACAACAGAAAUAAUUGAAAAUUGAAAGAAAUGGAAAAAAAGCGAAAAUCCGGAAGAUAGUGAAGCCUGUUGUCCAUAGAGCAACUUUACUGCAAAGCGCCCUUUUUGCGGGAACUCAAGCUUUCUUCUUUCAGACUUUGAAUUAUUUUUUCUUCAAAACUAGGAACUUCUGUACAUUUCCAAGUUCACCGUUCGAUUCGCAAUGAAAAGCUCUACAAAGUACUGAUUUGAACUGAAACACAAGUUUACUGCCCCUAUGCCUUUAAAAAAGCUCGAGUAUCACAAUUUGCUUCUAGAAUUCAGUAAGGCUGAUACUUUCAAGUGAUGAAACAUGUCAGAAAGACUAGAAUUGUAGUCUGAAUUCAAUCUUGGGAAUAAAGAAAAAAAUGAAAUCUAUGGGAAUAACUUAAUGGCAUAUGGGCAGUAAAAAACGGUGUUUAAAAUAAAUUGGCCAUUUUUUAAAGCUCUUGAUUUCCCUUCCAACGGUAUACUUGAAAAUGUACGACACUUCCUAUUUUGGGAGAAAAACUUGUUCAAAAUCGGAGAGAAAAAGUUUGAGUUCCCGCCAAAAAGGGCGUUUUGUAGUAAAGUUGCUCUAUGGACAACACGAUUUUUCAGUUUUUUACUGUUUUUUUUUCACUUCUUUCAAGUUUCAAGUUUUUCUCGCCAUGAAAACUUUCUGUUUAUGUAUAGGUUGUAAAUUUUGAUCGCAAAAUGCUUCUCUGAUGAAAAAAUGACGAUAUAGAGGUUUAAAUUGAGAUAUCGAUAUUUUGGUUUCCUUUAUUUGUUUUUUUUGUUUGACUGAAGAAUUUUUGAGAGCUUUGAUUUGAAGCAGAUCUCGGGUUAUUUCUCAAAAAAAUGCGAGUCUUAUGAGACUUCUCGUGUACCCCAAAGCAUGUUUCAAAGUUGAUAGCGUGAAAAGAAGUUUGCCUUUUUUCAAAAGCGCUCAUGUCAGUGAUUUCGAGAAGACUGUUCGAUUCACAAUGAAAAGAUCUACAAGGUACUGACUUCCCAUCAAACUCCGUUUUCACUGACCCUUUGCCUUUAAAUUUAAAGAUUUUCUUGAAAAUUUCCAAAUUUCUUUCAAAGUUUUCGCUGAAUAAUUGACUGAAGUUUCAAGAACCGAAUUUUUCCAGGAUGUCGUGGUGACAGUGCCAGCCUAUUUCAACUGUCAGCAGAGGAAGUCGACGGCGCAGGCCGCGAAACUGGCCGGCUUUUCCGGACGUAUUGAAAUUCUCAAUGAGCCGACGGCCGCCGCGAUCAACCACGUCUUCACUCAUGAAGAACAGACGUAUGAGUAGAAAAAAAAAAAAGGAAAAAUGAGCUCUGAAAAGUUGCUGGACAUUUUGGAAAGAGUAGUUUAAGAUCCUUCAGUCCUUGAGCCGAGUAAUGGACCUCAAAGACGCCAAAAUCUUGAUUUUCUCUAGUAAGAUGGUUGAGUAUAGGUUAUUCCGCGCCAGCUUGUCACGAUUUCCAGUUUAUUUCGAGCUACAGUAGCCUUUUCGGCGCUUCGAUGCACUCGGUGUGCGCCUUUAAUAAAAUUCAUUAUUUCCGAACUUUGGAAUUUUCUUAUUCUACAAAAACAGUUGUAACAUCUAUAUAUAUAUAUAUAUCAAACUAACCCAAAAAAAUUAUAUGCAAAAAAAGCUCAAACAGUCGGUUUCCUUAAUAACAAUUAAAAAGUAGUAAUUCAAUCUUUUUUUGAUUUUCUUUUUUUACAAAUCCAGCACAGAAUCUGAGUGUGUAUUGUUAAAGCGAAAAAUGAAAUCAAUUCAUUGAAAACAACCUCGUAAAUAAUAAAAGAGAGAGAGAGGAAAUUGAAGCAAUAUCUCAAUUAGAAAUAAUGUUUUAUUAAAGGCGCACGCAGGGGGGAACACCGAGAGCAUCGAAGCGAAACGCCGAAAUGGGUUUCCGAGAAAAUUUAAAAUCGUGACAAGCUGGCGUUGAAUGACCUAUAUUCCUUUUGACAGGGUAGAAACUUACCUGGUCAGCAAUAUUUCAGGGGCUACUUCCUCGUCUACGAUCUCGGCGGCGGGACCUUCGACGUGACUCUGAUCCAUGUCAACCAUUCGAGAACCGAGUUUCGUGUCCUCAACAUCGACGGCGAUUCUCAUCUCGGCGGCGAAGAUUUCAACAACGAUUUUUUGGAUUAUGUUGGCGAGAGGAUUAAGCAACACUGUGAAAUCGACAUUUUCGCCAAGGAGAAUGCUGAGCUCAAAGCCCAUUGCCGUAGGGAAUGCGAGAACGCCAAAAAGCGCAUCUCUUCCGAAGAGCAAUUCAACUUGCAUGUCGAUUUCCUAAUCGGCGUUGAGCCCUUCUUGAUCACGUUCCCCAGAAUCGGUAAUCAUUACAAUUUCCAAGAGAAUGAAAACGAUUUCACCGGCCACGUAUACUAUGCAAAGAUCGAGGCGAAGAUUGAUAAAACGAUUGAUAUAGUGAGGAGAGUCCUUAGAGAAGCUGAGACGAAGGGCGUGAGAAAAGACGACGUGAAGGUUUUGCUGAUUGGCGGUUCAUCGCGAAUCCAUCUGAUUCAAAAGAAGCUUUGCGCAAUCUUUAAUCCGGCGAUGAUCAAUCAACAGGAAGAUCCGGACCGAGCAGUGGCACGCGGCGCGGCACGCUACGCAUACCGCCACAGUAAACAGGUGAAUAUGAAAGUCGAAGACGCGAUGGCCCUGCAAAUCGGCAUCGUCACCACGAAUCACGAUGGAAGAGGCCGAAACAUCACGUCUUUGGUGCCGGCAAACUCGACGCUCCCUUUCCCUUCGACGACCAGAAGAUUCAGGCCUGCCAAUGCGAAUCAGCCUUUUGUCAACGUCGAACUUGUUCAAGGUAGGCCUUGUUUUGGACCCAAACUCCUAAAAACUGGGAAAAAAGAUCGUAUAGAGAAUUCUCAGGGACUUUUUGCCCUCAGUUUUGAUAAAAAGCUUGCUCUUGCCAGGUCAGGCUUCGAAAUAAAUUUUCACCGAAAAAUUUUAGCUUUGGGAGAGGGUGACCGGCCGACAUUCGCACGAGCCUGACUUGAGGCGUAGCUUGUUCAGCGCAAAUCUUUUCGGGCUUCCAUAUAUAGCUUAUUCACGGUUGGCUUGAGCCCAUACAUGGGCUAACCAACUACUUUUUGUGACGUCAUCACGUACCCCCUUGAAAAAGUACGUACUCGCCUCGAAAAAGUACGUAUCUACCGUUCGGAGAUAAGCAAAAAGAUAGGCAACGAAUUUCCUACUAAAUGUACUUCAAAAAGCUCGAUAAUUAAAAUGGAUGCAUUUUCCGCGGCUUAGAAAGCCACCUGAAUGAAUAGGGGGCCCGAAAGUGAAAAACACCCUGUUAGCCCACGUAUGACUUGAGCCAUCGAAAAAAACUUCUUGACACGAAGAUAAGAAAAAAGACAGUGCCUGGUUGAUGGAGAGCACUGACAGGCCACGCCCCCUCAGCGUAUUAAGUUAGCAAUGAAUAUAGUACAUUCCAGCCCAGCCUAUUUCAAAUCAUCAGUUUCCCAACUUCAGGUGAAAUGAAGAACUACGCCCUUCUCGAUGCGUUCUCAAUGCCAGUAGCUUCAGCUGAAACAAUAGUGAAGGUUCAAAACGGGAAAAAAUUUGAAACAAAAUAAAUUAUGUUUCAGAUAACAUAUUCUGUCGACGAGAAUGGACUCGUUAGCUUUGAGAUUGCACUCAACGAGGGGGGCGACAGAACGAGGGAAACGUACAGAAGGACCGCCCAUAUCAGCUAUAUAUCAGAUGUGAGAAAAAAGCUAGAGGUCUGACCGAGAAGAGAGGUUUUUUGAAUGGGACCGGAGUUAGUAGAAGCGAUGUCAAUCCCUUUUUCAGCUCCCUGUUGAAAUUUUAAUGAAACUUUCCGGAGGCUUUAGGACUUACCGAUUUCAGAACAAGCAAAAAUUUUCUCACAUUAGAUCUGGUAUUUAACAAGGAAGGUCAUUUUAGUUGGGAUUUCCUCAAAAACUGGCCAGAACGCUUUUUAUUGUACCACAAAUAGAUCCUGAACGUUUUCACUUUUCAACUUUUAAGAAAGUCCAAUGAAAAGUCGAGAAGAACCUUCAAAAUCCGUUAAGAUAAGCUUUUUCUGGGCUUUAAUUUAUCAAAAACUAGGGAGUUGUGCAAGUUGAAACUUUUAGGUACCCUCUGUGGUACAUCGGAGAGUGUAUUGGCCAAUUUUCAAGAAAAUCAUAAAACUAUGUCAUAAGGAUCAGUUUCACCUACAGAAACUCAAUAGGAAAGGCUGAUUUUUUUUUAACUUUUACAAACAGCUCUGGACAUUUCUCCAGUAGAUUUGGAUCCAGCGGGAAAAACUGCACCUGUUGAUAAUUAGAAUAAUCACUGUGAGUCAAGAAUUUCCCCUGGUGAGUAAGAAAAACAGCCGCCGAAAAAGAACAAUGACUCUAAGAAAAGUGGCGGUGCACCCUGCGUUGAACUCUCGGUGCACCCCGCAGUGUAACCAGGGGUGCACCUCGUUUAGCUUUAAAUGCCUAUCAAGGUACUUAUUCCGUACACGAAAACAUUUCCUAACACAACCUUUUCCUACAGUUUCAUCCUAAGUUGUUACGGUAUCUCUUUUUAUUUCCGACCGGUCGCCCCAGGGGUGCACGCCAACCAGGUCAAAUGCGGGGUGCACCGAAAAUUUUCGGGGUUCACUUCGAAUUACACCCUCAUUUUUGUUGAGCUAACGGGUAUUUUUCAAGUUUUUUUUCCUCUGAAGUGGUAAACUGACUAUUUUCUUAUAAAAAAAGUAAAGCCGCUAGAAAACUUCGAGUUAAUAUUCAGGAACAAUUGGAAGUGAUGAUGGCUCGUGCGGCGCAAAGAGAACGGGAUGAUCUCGCGAUUGAAGAACUUUCAAGAAGGGAAGAAUGGUCCGACAGGAACGACGAUGUUCAGGAAGGAGGAAUCAUCGAAAUUGAAUGA